AUGCCUCGCGUUCAAGCUCAAGACGCUCCUUACACCCCCUCCACCUUGCCCGAGGGCCACGUCGUGGUCAGGCUCGGCCCUCCGAUGGGUUCCGGCAACUUUGUCUGCACGGAUCCCGAAGGUGUCGAGCGUCUCGUCGAGCUGCCGAGCAGGAUUCGCCGCCAGACCUUUGCCGCACGUGGCAUGUUCGCCUUUGUCGAGCUCUUUGAGGAGACCGACGGUCGCCUCGCAGGCGAGAUCACCCAUGUCAUCUCGGGUCCUGAGAUCAAGACCUUCAGGAAGGCUGGCGAGUGGCCCAAGGCGUUUGACGUCGAGGCCGAGACACAGACCGCCGCCGCCGACGAGGACGAGGACGCGCUCCCCGAGAACCCCAACAGGAGGCAUCACGUCGCGGACGAGAGCGACAGCGAGGAGGAGGAUAGCGAGGAGGAGUCGGACGACGAGUGA